AUGCCUCGCAAAAACUCAAACAUUAAAUUUUUAACAAAUACUCUUAAUUCACCCAAAUCAACUCCAGAAAAGAUUAAGAAUGCUUUCUUUAAGUAUAUCGAACACACCAAAAAUUUUUAUGGUCGUCAAUUAUAUCAAAAUAAGAUAUCAAAUGCAGAGUAUUCUGAUAAUAUCGAACUUAUAGACGCAUUAUCAGAUCGAAUAAAUUUAAUUGUAAUUUCAUAUUUAGCUGAGAUAUAUAGAAAUAAUGAAGUACAAUAUGAAAGUACGAUAAAUAAUCUUUGUCAUACCUUAUGUAAAAUUAUUGAAGAUAUCAUUUUAAGAUGUCAAGAGUAUAAUAUUGAUUUUAAUAUAGUUAAUAGUAUUCUAGAAAAAAAUGGAAUUGAAACAAUUUCUCUUUCACGUACUCGAAAAUGUUAUUCGAGUUUUAAAGAUGCCAUCGAAGCAACAAAUAAUUCAGAAAGAUUUGUUAAAAUUAACCAGGAUGGAGAGGAAAUCAAAGAAUCUUAUUCACUCUCCCGCUUCUAUUUUUUUAUUCAAGAAGAAAUCAAUGAAUGUUCCAACUCCAGUAAUAUCCAAAAAGAAAUCAGUAAAUGUUCCAACUCCAAUAACAUUGAAGUUGAAAUUGAUGAUGGAAAAUAUUUCAAUAAUGAGAAUAAUGAUGAUGUUGACAUAUUCGAUACAGACAUAUUUGAUACAGACAUGUUUGAAUUUUGA